UAUCCUUUAGCGCGUAGGAGUAGGAUCAACACCUUAUUUAUGUGAUAUUAGUAUAUCUUAGUCAAAGGAAUUUUUGGUAGUUUUACUCAACCUCCAUUCCCAAGCUAACUAAAACUUAUUUCCCUCUCGUUCUCCACAAACCAGAAAGAGAGGAGAGAAAAAAAAAAAAAAAAAAGGUAGGGGGGAAGGCGCAAAUCUAACGCCCUCACUUUUGGUUUUGCUAACUUACGCUUGCUACUCUGCGCAACAUUCGUUUACUUUUUCUCUCUCUAGUUAUUUUUUUUCCCUCUCACGAAAACCUCCGUAAUGAGGAGGAGACUCGUGGCUCUCUUCUUCAUUUGCGAUCUCUUCGUAUUCGUCGGUUCCGUCGCCGCCAUUGAUCCCGAGUCCGAGUCGGCGGCGGAGAUCAAUGUCACAGCCGUCCAGUCCAAUGUCUCGGACCCGAGAUCCAGAGAGGAUAGUUUCGCCAACAUGAUCGAUCGCGCUCUUGAGAAGGAGUUCAAUGACACUGACCAAAACGAAGCCACUGAUCCUGGCAGUUUCAACAAUAGUGUUGCGGGGAAGCAGGCUGUCUUGGAAACUGUGGCUAGAGUUAAGUCCAAGAAAAAUGAGACCAAGGAAGAAAAGUCGUUUCAGCUCCAUGAUGUUUUCCAUUUGGAUAAUGAAAACCAAGCUGAAGAUGCACCAACAUUGAUAGAUCAAAACGACAAUGUCUUUAUAAUAUCCAACCCAAAGUCGAAGUAUCCUGUUCUACAACUAGACUUAAGAUUAAUAUCAGAUCUGGUAGUUGUCAUUGUCUCUGCAACAUGUGGUGGCAUUGCUUUUGCUUGUGCUGGACAACCGGUUAUUACUGGAUAUCUACUUGCAGGAUCUAUUAUUGGGCCUGGUGGUUUUAGCUUUGUUGGUGAAAUGGUGCAGGUUGAAACAGUGGCUCAAUUUGGCGUAAUCUUUCUUCUUUUCGCAUUAGGCUUGGAGUUUUCAGUGACAAAGCUUCGUGUUGUUCGAGCAGUUGCUGUUCUUGGAGGUCUUCUCCAAAUUUUUCUAUUCAUGUGCUUGUGUGGUAUAACAGUCUCGUUAUUUGGAGGUAAACCUUCAGAGGGGGUUUUUGUUGGUGCAUUCCUGUCUAUGUCUUCUACAGCAGUGGUUUUGAAAUUUUUGAUGGAAAGGAAUAGUAUAAGUGCUCUUCAUGGUCAGGUUACAAUUGGAACUCUUAUCUUACAGGACUGUGCUGUGGGUUUGCUGUUUGCUUUACUUCCAGUUCUAGGUGGUAGUUCUGGCAUCCUUCAGGGAGUAUUAUCCAUGACUAAAUCGUUGGUGAUUUUAAUCACAUUUCUGGUCAUUUUGACAAUAUUAUCUCGGACUUGUGUGCCAUGGUUUCUUAAGCUCAUGAUAAGCCUAUCAUCACAGACUAAUGAGCUCUAUCAGUUGGCAUCCGUGGCGUUUUGCUUGCUUGUUGCUUGGUGUAGUGAUAAGCUGGGUCUAAGCCUUGAGCUGGGUUCUUUUGCUGCGGGAGUGAUGAUAUCAACCACUGAUCUGGGCCAGCAUACACUUGAACAAGUUGAGCCCAUUCGCAAUUUCUUUGCUGCUCUUUUCCUUGCCAGUAUUGGGAUGUUGAUUCAUGUGCAUUUCCUUUGGAAUCAUGUUGAUAUAUUGCUAGCAGCUGUAAUAUUGGUGAUUGUUAUUAAAACAAUGGUAGUUGCUGCAGUUGUCAAGGGAUUUAGAUACAGCAACAAAACUUCGCUUCUUGUUGGGAUGUCUUUGGCACAAAUUGGGGAAUUUGCUUUUGUUCUUCUGAGUCGUGCUUCUAAUCUUCAUCUAGUUGAGGGUAAACUUUACCUGCUACUUCUGGGCACAACAGCUCUUAGUUUGGUGACUACUCCAUUGCUUUUCAAGAUGAUUCCUGCUGUUGUUCAUCUGGGUGUGCUCCUGCGGUGGUUUCCUCCUGAUAGUCCUAGUGAGAUUGGUUUUAAAGGAGAUAGUCUUCGGGCAGACAGUGCUAAGCGUAUUACUUUGAUGGUCCAAGGCUCUCAUGAUUCAUGAUAUUAAAUAAAACAUGUCCCAGAAAAAAUGCAAAUUUCCAGCCUUUACCUGAUGGGGGUUCUUAUACUCUGGAGGACAGGUGCUUAAAAGUGCAAAAGAAGUUGACUGACAGAAAAGUUUCUUUUCCAUUGCAAAGUUCUUCAUGAUGUUUGCCGGCAUCCCAUGCUAUUUUCUGGCCGAGCAAGACUGUAUAAAAGACAGCCAGACAGCCCCCAGAUAUGAACAGACAAUAUAAAUACGAUCCUCCUCCUCCUCCUCCUCCUUAUGCCCGGCAUAGUCUAAUAUUGGUUCAGGUAAUGGCAUUAAACUAUCCCAGGUGACCUUUGUAAAAUAGGCGUCCAUUUUAUAAUGUAAUUCAAAUCAAUCUUUUCCCUUCGCUCCACUUCAAUUGAUUGGUUUAUUUUUUUUCUGGGUGAAGUAGGCAGGUUACAAAUGUCCAAGUGUAUACAUUCAUGUUUUUGUUCCUGUAGAUUCCGCACAUUGACCUUAACCUUGUAAACUUUAAAUUUUGUUUCGCAUAUUAAAAUUAUUUCACAAGGUUUCGCAACGUAAUGUUAAUAUUCAUCGUAUUCAUACUUACUAAAUCUUACCAAUCCCAGGUGUUCCUUUUUUCUUUGUUUUUCUCAAAUAUUAUAAGUGGUUAAAGAGCAAGACUUGAGUCUUGGAUCCUGACUUAUCACCUAAAGCCUAAAGGACGACAACAUAGAAUUUUCGAACAAACAAACAAAAGUUCUUUCUCAAACCAGACUUUCGUGGUUGUGUGUGUGGGUGUUAUUGUAUGGGUUGGUUAGAUUAGAUUUCUGUGAACACCAUCAAAAGGAAAACUUUCCUAGUUUUGAGGUUCAAAUGCAAGUGAAACGCCGUACAAAACCAGUUGGUGGAUUUUGAAUAAACACAAAAAAUUA